AGUACAUAAACAUAACCUAAAUAGUUCAUGUUGAAAAAUAAAAUAUGUAUAAAGAAUAAAACUAUUUUUGUGACAAAAUGACUGUAGACAAUUUAGAAAACGAGCAGAUUAUUCUAGCAACAGGUGGAUAUGACCACACUAUCAAAUUAUGGCAAACUCAUACAGGUCUUUGCAAUAGAACUAUGCAACAUACUGAGUCGCAAGUAAACGCUCUAGAAAUCACCCCAGAUAAACAGCUGCUGGCAGCAGCAAGUUAUCAACAUAUUUAUAUGUACGAUUUAACGUCAAACAAUCCAAAUGCCAUUGUUAACUAUGAAGGAACGUCAAAAAACGUAACUUCUGUGGGAUUUGAAGAAAAUGGGAAGUGGAUGUACUCUGGAGGCGAAGACAGUAGGGCAAGAAUUUGGGAUCUCAGGUCAAGAAGUAAUCAGUGCCCAAAAAUAUUUGAAGUGCAAGCACCUAUCAAUUGUGUUUGUCUGCAUCCAAAUCAAACAGACCUGUUUGUAGGGGAUCAGAAUGGCAUUAUAUACCGCUGGGACCUUAGAACUGAUAAUAAUGAACAACUGAUUCCUGAAAACGACGCUAUGAUUUUAGACAUAGCGAUAUCCCCAGACAGCCAACUAAUGGCCUCAGUCAACAAUAAAGGCCGUUGCUACAUUUGGAGUCUAACUUACGACAAUGAAUCGUCUACAAUAAUGGUGCCAAAACAUAAAUUCGAGGCGCACAAACGGCACGCGCUAAAAUGUAAAUUCAGUCCCGAUUCAGACUUACUUAUUACCACAUCAGCAGAUCAGACCGCAAAAAUAUGGAAUACGUCUGAUUUUUCCAUACUACAAGAACUUAAACAAGAGAAUCAGAGGUGGGUGUGGGACGCUGUGUUCAGCGCCGACGGACAGUACGUCUUUACAGCAUCAUCCGACGGGUUUGCUAAAUUGUGGAACGUUAAAUCGGGAAGCAUGGAACGGGAAUACUCUGGCCACCAAAAAGCAGUAACGGCAUUAGCUUUUAGAGAUGCUUCAUAGUUCGUACACGUAUCAGGUGUAACUAAAACGCUUUGUCAAACUUUAAUGAUAGAUUUUAUGUAAUAAAUUUAUAAAGAAAACUUCUAUAAAUACGUGUCCAAAAAUGGUUUUAGAUACAGGUUGUUAAAAAAAAAUAGAAAUAUGUUGUUUGUUGUAACAAAAAACAGUGGCGGGAAAUCAUUUAGAUUAUAAUUUGAUGUUUUGAUAUUUUUAAAAAUCAUUUAACAUUUUUUUUAGGAUUUAGUCAUAAUAGCGAGUUAAAUUUAAAAUAUGUACC